CGCCGUAGAGUGCUGAAGGUCCUGCCAACGGCUCUCUUGGCGUCUCAACGUUCGGAUCAGCAGCUUUUUUCCAUUCUCUCUCUCCACUUCUUGAGUGAGCAGCCAUGAGUUGGACUGUGCCUAUUGUGCGGGCCAGCCAGAGAGUGAGCUCGGUGGGAGCGAAUUUCCUAUGCCUGGGGAUGGCCCUGUGUCCCCGUCAAGCAGGGCGCAUCCCGCUCAAGGGCGCCUGGCUCUUCACCCCUGUAAGCAAGAUGGCGACUGCGAAGAGUGAGCUUAUUGAGCGCUUCACUUCCGAGGAGCCCGUUCAUCACAGUAAGGUCUCCAUCAUAGGAACUGGAUCGGUGGGCAUGGCCUGUGCUAUCAGCAUCUUAUUAAAAGGCUUGAGUGAUGAACUUGCCCUUGUGGAUCUUGAUGAAGACAAACUGAAGGGUGAGACAAUGGAUCUUCAACAUGGCAGCUCUUUCACGAAAAUGCCAAAUAUUGUUUGUAGCAAAGAUUACUUUGUCACAGCAAACUCCAACCUAGUGAUUAUCACAGCAGGUGCACGCCAAGAAAAGGGAGAAACACGCCUUAAUUUAGUCCAGCGAAAUGUGGCCAUCUUCAAGUUAAUGAUUUCCAGUAUUGUCCAGUACAGCCCCCACUGCAAACUGAUUAUUGUUUCCAAUCCAGUGGAUAUCUUAACUUAUGUAGCUUGGAAGUUGAGUGCAUUUCCCAAAAACCGUAUUAUUGGAAGCGGCUGUAAUCUGGAUACUGCUCGUUUUCGUUUCUUGAUUGGACAAAAGCUUGGUAUCCACUCUGAAAGCUGCCAUGGAUGGAUCCUCGGAGAGCAUGGAGACUCAAGUGUUCCUGUGUGGAGUGGAGUGAACAUAGCUGGUGUCCCGCUGAAGGAUCUGAACUCUGAUAUAGGAACUGAUAAAGAUCCUGAGCAAUGGAAAAAUGUCCACAAAGAAGUGAUUGCUACUGCCUAUGAGAUUAUUAAAAUGAAAGGUUAUACUUCUUGGGCUAUUGGCCUAUCUGUGGCUGAUUUAACAGAAAGUAUUUUGAAGAAUCUUAGGAGAACACAUCCAGUUUCCACCAUAAUUAAGGGCCUCUAUGGAAUAGAUGAAGAAGUAUUUCUUAGUGUUCCUUGUAUCCUGGGAGAAAAUGGUAUUACCAACCUUAUAAAGAUAAAGCUGACCCCUGAAGAAGAGGCCCAUCUGAAAAAAAGUGCAAAAACACUUUGGGAAAUUCAGAAGGAGCUUAAGCUUUAAAGUUGUCUAAAACUACCAUUCCGAAAUUAUUGAAGAGAUCAUAGAUACAGGAUUAUAUAACAAAAUUUUGAAUAAACUUGAAUUCCUAAAAGAUGGAAACAGGAAAGUAGGUAGAGUGACUUUCCUAUUUAUUCAGUCCUCCAGCUCUUUUAUUGAGCAUCCAUGUGCUGGACGAUACUUAUUUACAAUUCCUAAGUAUUUUUGGUACCUCUGAUGUAGCAGCACUUGCCAUGUUAUAUAUAUGUAGUUGGCAUUUGGUUCCCAAAAAGUAGGAUGUAGGUAUUUAUUGUGUUCUAGAAAUUCUGGCUCUUUUCAUUAGAUAUAUGCUAUUUUUUUCAUUCUUGCUGGUUUAUACCUAUGUUCAUUUAUAUACUGUAAAAAAGUAGUAGCUUCUUCUACAAUGUAAAAAUAAAAGUAUGUACAUACAAAAACAA